AUGACGCAUCCUGCACGACUGCACAGAAUGCCGACAAUUUUGCCUUUCUGCGAUGUUAUACGGAUGGUGGGAACCUUCAGGUUCCCGCCAAAGCGUACUUCUCCCGACGACAACGAUGCCAUUUGGAUUUUCUAUCAGAACGUCCGCGGCCUACGCACUAAAAUUGACGACUUGUUCCUGGCUGCUAGCGAAUGUUCAUACGAUGUCAUCAUUUUGACGGAAACUGGACUAAACAAUGACAUUAACGACCUUCAGCUUUUUGGUACUGCAUACAAUGUGUUCCGGUGUAAUCGUAGCCCUCAAAAUAGUUGUAAAUCUCGUCUUGGAGGUGUGCUUGUUGCUGUUGCUCAAUGUAAUACUAGUAAAACUAUAUGUACAACUAACGGACAAAGCUUGGAACAGAUUUGUGUGUCUUCCGUCGUCAAAGGCAAAAAGCUGCUUAUUUGUGCAGUGUAUAUUCCGCCAGACAGGAGCAGCGACAUCUGCACUAUGAAUGACCACUUAGCAACUAUUGACGAAAUUAGAACGAAUUCUACUCUAGAAGAUACGAUUCUCGUUUGUGGUGACUACAAUCAACCACGCAUGCAAUGGAUGAGUGGCAUUGACGGUAUCUAUUGUAGUAAUGGAAACCAACUUCCUCAAUCAAGUAGUAUUUUACUAGAUGGCAUGGAUUUCAUGAAUUUAAGCCAGGCAAAUCUCGUACGCAACCGCCUGAAUCGUACACUUGAUUUGGUUUUCUGCACUUUUGAGCAGAAGGUAAGUGUCAAUGUUUGCCCCGUUCCGCUCUUACCUAUCGACAGUCACCACCCACCGUUAGAGAUGUCUUUGCCCGCCGUCACUGAUGGUAUCGCACCGAUUGUCGCCAAUGCUGAGCGAACGCUUAAUUACCGUAGGAUCAAUUUUGCUGCUUUACUUGCGUACUUGUCAACGGUGAAUUGGGAUCUGCUUUUUGCUUCUAGUGACGUUGAUGAUAUGGCUGAUAAGUUUAGUGACGAAAUAUGCUCGUGGCUGCUGACAAAUGUACCAACCAAACGUGCUGCAGCUUCGCCUGCGUGGAGUACACCGGGAUUACGUAAACUAAAACGUGAGCGUAACGCAUGUCAACGUAGAUUGCGGCGCCAUCGAACACUCGAACACAAGUAUAAUUUUCAGGUAGCCAGUAACGCUUACCGUCGAGUUAACGCUGCACUCUAUAAGUCGUACGUCCUGAGAAUUCAAUCGAGUCUUCGGCGCAAUCCGAAAGGUUUUUGGAACUUUGUAAAUUCCAAACGGAAUACUUCUUCGAUUCCAUCGAGUGUUUUCCUCGACGAUGAAACCGCCUCGACUGCUGCAACCACAUGUAACCUUUUUGCUAGACAUUUUGCUUCGGUCUUCAACUCAGGUUGCACAUCUCAGCAGGAGGCCGAGUACGCUGCCUCUGACGUCCCAGCUGAUUUGGUCGAUUUACGAUCUUUCGUCAUUACAAAUGAAAUGGUUGUUGAAGCAGCGAAGAAAUUGAAGUGCUCCUAUUCACCUGGUCCAGAUGGAAUUCCAGCUGUGGUUUUGACCCGUUGUAUAGCUGCAUUAGUAGAUCCACUGUGCUGUAUUUUCAACCGCUCGUUCAAUGAGGGAAAGUUUCCACUUUUGUGGAAGCAGUCCUACAUGUUUCCUGUAUACAAAAAUGGCGAUCGUAGAAACGUGUCAAACUACCGUGGAAUAACAAGUCUCUCUGCUGCAUCAAAACUUUUCGAGAUUAUUGUGUGCGGCAUACUGUUAGAGCGAACUAAAAAUUACAUCUUUUUUGAUCAGCAUGGUUUUAUGCCCGGCCGAUCGGUGUAG